AUGGGUAUUUGUCCCAAUACCGUGGCUAAAGUUCAUAGAGUGAGUGAGGAAGAAAGGAGGUGUAGAGCGUUUGAGAGAGAAGUACAGCAAGCAGCAGCGAUGGUACAGAAGACUAGCUUGCAGAGUGUAAUCCGGCCCUACAAGCCCACAGAUAAGUCUGCUAUUGUCUCUCUCUUCCGCUUUGGCAUUCUGGAGCAUGUCUACCCAUCCUUCUUCAAAGCCAUGAGUCAUCCGGACCACAUCGGCGUGACCCUCAGCGUCUCCGUGGCCGGAUAUGUGCUCGGAGGGAGCUCGUACUUCCAGGCCGUGCUCUUCGGAGGAGCUUGGGCUUGCUUGGUUUACUAUUGCUGCCACGAAAUUUACGACAGCUUCCUCAAGGUGAAGAUGAUGGAUGUGGAAAUGGCAGAUAUUCAGGCCAAGUUCUUGGAUAACCAGGUGAAUCAUUUCUGGGUGGCGGAGGUGGAGGUGAACGGGAAGUGGAAAGUGUCCGGGCUGCUGGCUGUAGUUGGUGAGAAGGGUGGCGUUUCGAAGGAUGGGUGGAACGCAGACGAUGCAGCGACAGCGGAGGUGUUUCAGUUAAUCGUGUCCUUCCACCAGCGUCGGAAAGGUCUGGGAACCCAGCUGGUAGAGACAGCCGUAGAGUUCUGUAAGGAGCAGGGACUUUCUCGGGUGGUCGUAGAGAUCAGCUCCCCACAGACCGCGGCCAUUUCCAUUUUCCGCAAACUGGGCUUCACUGUGACAUCCGUGCACAGCUACAGACAUCCUAACCAUUUGGUCUCAAAACUGGCCAGGAUCAAUGUGAUACGAAUGGAAAAGCACAUUCUUUAAGAUGCAAUGUUAAAUCCAUGGGUUAUACUUUAUUUCGAUAGUCCACUUUAGAUAUUCUACUAGUAACUUUACAACUAUUGUCAACUAACUCU